UAUAAACACCGCUGCUCUCUCUUCAUUUCCUUUCCCCGCCAUUUAUAUUUUUCCUUUUGCAUUUCCCGUUCUUAAGAAAAUUUUCAAUUUUUUUCUUAAAUCUUCGAUUUUUUAAAAAAAUCGAAGAAAAAAUCCCCAAAUUUCCUCUCAUUUCUUCGAUGCCCAGAUUAGUUCCUCUUCUCUUUCGCUAAAUAAUUUGUUAUCUGAGCCUUUAAUUUUGGGCUCUGUUUAUUAUUGCUUCUCUAUUCGAAACCCUAACCCUAGUUUCGCGUCCUCAAAGUAAGUGUGCAGCCGUCGCAGACGCAAUAAGCCUGAUUCGACUUCAAAUCCAGGGGGUUUUAGGCUGAAAUUUAUAGGAGAUUCUCGGCAGAGUUGGGAAUAAUAGCUCCUAAAUGGCUGAUCAUCGAGGUGCAAAUGGCCAGGCUCCUAAUGGGACAGCUCCUGGAACAGGAAGUGUUUACUCUAUUAAUCUGGACAAUUUCAGCAAACGUCUGAAGGCUUUGUAUUCACACUGGAAUGAACACAAACCCGAGCUCUGGGGCUCUUCUGAUGUCUUUGCAGUAGCUACACCACCAACUUCAGAAGAUCUGCGAUAUCUGAAAUCAUCGGCUUUGAACGUUUGGUUGCUGGGUUAUGAGUUUCCUGAGACUAUAAUUGUCUUCACAAAGAAGCAGAUUCAUUUCUUGUGUAGCCAGAAGAAAGUUUCUCUUCUUGAAGUUGUGAAGAAAUCCGCCAAGGAGGCUGUGGGCGCUGAUGUUGUGAUGCAUGUGAAGGCAAAGAGUGAUGAUGGGAUUGCGUCGAUGGACUCUAUAUUUCGGUCCAUCAGGGUACAAUACAAGGGAAAUGAAAAUGAUGCUCCUAAUUUUGGUUACAUAGCUCGAGAGGCUUCUGAAGGAAAGCUUUUAGAGACAUGGGCUGAACAACUAAAAAGUGCUGGUUUUCAGCUUACUGAUGUAACCAAUGGGUUAUCUGACCUGUUUGCUGUGAAGGACAAAGAGGAGGUUAUGAAUGUCAAGAAAGCUGCUUAUUUAAGUUACAAUGUGAUGAACAAUAUUGUAAUUCCAAGGCUUGAGAGUGUAAUUGAUGAGGAGAAGAAAAUUACUCAUGCCACCUUGAUGGAUGAAACGGAGAAAGCCAUAGUGAAUCCACAGCUUGCCAAAGUAAAGCUUAAGCCAGAGAAUGUUGAUAUUUGUUACCCUCCCAUAUUUCAAAGUGGGGGUGAGUUUGAUCUCAGACCUAGUGCUGCAAGCAAUGAAGAGAACCUGUACUAUGAUUCUGCCAGUGUUAUCUUAUGUGCGGUUGGAGCUCGCUAUAACAGUUAUUGCUCAAAUAUUGCCAGGACUUUCUUGAUUGAUGCCACUCCACUUCAGAGCAAGGCAUAUGGGGUUCUUCUUAAGGCCCAUGAAGCUGCAAUUGGUAUGUUGAAGCCUGGGAGAAAAUGUAGUGCUGCGUAUCAAGCUGCACUUUCAAUUGUUGAGAAGGAGGCUCCUGACUGGAUUCCCAAUCUAACAAAAUCUGCUGGUACAGGAAUCGGUCUUGAGUUUCGUGAGUCAGGCCUUAAUCUCAAUGGGAAGAAUGACCGUCUGGUCAAAGCAGGGAUGGUUUUCAAUGUGUCAGUCGGUUUUCAGAACUUGCAGUGUGAGAGUAAGAAACCAAAGAGCAGUGUUUUUUCUCUCUUACUUGCUGAUACAGUUAUUGUUGGUGAACAAAAUACGGAAGUGGUGACUGGCAAAUGUUCCAAGGCUGUUAAGGAUGUAGCUUACUCAUUCAAUGAGGAUGAGGAAGAAGAAGAAAAGUCUGUGAAGACUGAAGCUAAUGGCUUCGAGCCCUUCAUGUCUAAGACGGUGCUUAGGUCAGAUAAUCAUGAGAUCUCAAAGGAGGAGUUAAGGAGGCAGCACCAAGCAGAACUUGCUCGUCAAAAGAAUGAAGAAACAGCUAGGCGGCUUGCUGGUGGUCCUGGGAAUGGAGACAACCGUUCAGUUGCCAAGUCUUCAACUGAUUUGAUUGCCUAUAAGAAUGUGAACGACCUGCCCCCUCCUAGAGAUUUUAUGAUUCAAAUUGACCAAAAGAAUGAGGCUGUGCUCUUGCCAAUUUAUGGCAGUAUGGUGCCUUUCCAUGUGGCUACUAUAAGGACGGUUUCCAGCCAGCAGGAUACCAACAGAAAUUGCUUUAUCCGGAUUAUAUUUAAUGUUCCAGGGACUCCUUUCAGUCCUCAUGAUUUGAACUCUUCAAAGAAUCAAGGAGCAAUAUAUCUGAAAGAAGUCUCAUUCCGCUCCAAGGAUCCAAGGCACAUAAGUGAAGUGGUACAGCAGAUUAAAACUCUUCGUCGGCAAGUCGUGGCCAGGGAAUCUGAGAAAGCUGAGAGGGCAACCUUGGUUACUCAGGAAAAACUUCAACUUGCAGGGAACAGGUUCAAGCCUAUACGGUUGUCUGACCUUUGGAUACGCCCUGUUUUUGGUGGUCGUGGGAGAAAGAUUCCAGGAACACUGGAAGCUCAUGUUAAUGGUUUUCGGUAUUCUACCACUAGAGCUGAUGAGCGCGUUGACAUCAUGUAUGGAAACAUAAAGCAUGCAUUCUUCCAGCCUGCAGAGAAAGAGAUGAUCACUCUUGUUCACUUUCAUCUGCACAACCAUAUAAUGGUGGGGAACAAAAAAACCAAGGACGUCCAGUUUUAUGUUGAGGUUAUGGAUGUAGUCCAGACAUUGGGAGGGGGAAAGAGGUCUGCUUAUGACCCUGAUGAGAUUGAAGAAGAGCAAAGGGAGAGGGAUAGGAAGAAUAAGAUCAACAUGGAUUUUCAGAGUUUUGUGAACCGGGUAAAUGAUCUAUGGGGGCAGCCUCAGUUCAAUGGUCUUGACCUUGAGUUUGAUCAACCGCUUAGAGAACUUGGCUUCCAUGGGGUCCCCUACAAAGCAUCAGCUUUUAUUGUGCCAACGUCAAGCUGUUUAGUUGAGUUGGUAGAGACUCCUUUCCUUGUGGUCACCUUGAGCGAGAUUGAGAUCGUGAAUCUGGAGAGGGUUGGCCUUGGGCAGAAAAAUUUUGACAUGACCAUUGUGUUCAAGGACUUCAAGAAAGAUGUACUAAGGAUUGAUUCCAUCCCUUCAACCUCACUUGAUGGCAUCAAGGAAUGGCUUGAUACAACAGACAUCAAGUAUUACGAGAGCAGGCUGAAUCUGAACUGGCGGCAGAUUCUGAAGACAAUCACUGAUGAUCCACAGAGCUUCAUAGAGAAUGGGGGCUGGGAAUUUUUGAACUUGGAAGCUAGUGAUUCAGAUUCUGAGCAGUCAGAGGAAUCAGAUCAGGGUUAUGAGCCAUCUGAUGUGGAGCCUGAAUCUGAGUCGGAGGAUGAUGAUUCCGAUAGUGAGUCUCUGGUUGAGUCUGAGGAUGAAGAGGAGGAAGAAUCUGAGGAAGACUCCGAAGAAGAGAAAGGAAAGACAUGGGAGGAGCUGGAGAGGGAAGCAAGCAAUGCAGACAGGGAGAAAGGGAACGAAUCGGACAGUGAAGAGGAGAGGAGGAGAAGAAAAAUGAAGGCUUUUGGGAAAUCUCGAGCUCCUCCGAGUAGUUCUAUUCCCAAACGUUCCAAGCUACGGUAGUUGCUAUAUUAUUUCUAUAAAAUUUUCAGUUUAUUUUUAAUGAUUAGACAUGAUUUAGUAGCAGCAGCUGGUAUUUUAGAAGAAUGUAGUUUUCUAACAGAUAGCUUGGUACUGUCGUCGUAUUUGUAGUUUUUAUACUACUAGGAUCUUGUUCCUAUGUAUUAAGCAGUUAAGCAAUCAGUUGGGAUUGUCUGGAAGGAAAAAUGUUGGCUGUAAAUUGGUGGGCAUCAUUAAAAGGGGGAGUAAAAACGUUUUUAUAGUUUCGUGUUUUGUGUUCCACUAUUUAUGGAACUACAUUUUGACCAUUUGGAAUGCAUUGUUUUUGGUUUUAUGA